AUGCCUCCUCAACUCCCAGAAGGAGGCCACACUGUGGUCUAUUCUGAGAUCGACAACCAUGAAGUCAAGCUGGACUAUUACCUCCCCCGCACCACGGGCAGCCUACCCGCCAUGAUCUACUAUCACGGCGGUGGCAUGUCUGCCGGUUCGCGACGAGGUCGUGGUUUGCCGCGCUGGAUGUACGAUCACUGCCAAGAAAAGGGCUACAUGUUCAUCUCCGCAGACUACCGACUCUGCCACCCAGCCAACGCCAUUGACCAGAUUGACGACGCAAAGGCUCUAUUUAGCUAUAUCGCAGGACCUCAGUUCGCCAGCGAACUGCCGGAAUCCGUGUCGCUUGACACAGCCCGCAUCGCUGUGACUGGGUUCUCGGCUGGUGCCUACUCUGCUCGCGCGGCUUGUCUCUACGCAGCGCCCAAGCCGGCAGCUCUCCUGUCUGUCUUCGGACUGGGUGGUAAUAUGCUUCUGGACCACUGGACAAGGGCGCGGCCACCAACCUCGUUCGCAAAAUUCGUCGAUCUGAGCGGCGUUCCCGCCUUGUUGGCGGACAAGACUGUUGUCAGUGACGAUUACGUGGAGGGAGGCAUGUCGAACCGUUUUGCGCUUACAGUCGACUGGGAAAUUAAGGGGACAUUCCUUGAUGGUGUUUUCCAGAGGCCGGGAUUGGGCAAGUCACUCGAUGCUCUGGAGCAUGAGAAGCGGUUUGAGGCUGUUCCCGAGGACUUGAAGCCCGGUAUGCUGGAGGAGUUUGUUACGGCUGAUUAUCCACCAUCUGUGUUUGUACACGGCAAGAGUGAUGAGGUUGUUUCUCCUGAGGAAAGUAUUUAUCAACAUGAGCAACUUACCAAAUUGGGAGUUCCAUCACAGCUGCAUCUUGUGGAGAAUGGGCCACAUGGUUUGGAGGGGGCUAUUAUGAUGAGAAAAAUGGCUGGAGCGGAGAUUCCUGGUAGUGAUAAGGUGAUUGCCGAUACGAUGGAAGCUUAUGGGAAGGCUCUGGUUUUCAUUGAUGGUGUUUUUAGUGCGGUAUAG